UCAAGGACAUUCACAAUGAGCAUCAGUGAAGACGACGUGGAGAAGUUUCUUGAUGGCAACCCUGCUUUUGCGAAGCAAUACUUUGAAAAGAAGCUGAGAACGGAGUCCUGGGAUGGCAGUGAAAGUGACAUCCUUUUUGAGUUGAUCCAAGACAUGCAAGAAAGCAUCAACAUGGAGAAAGUUGUUUUCAAGACCUUGAGAAGAAUCAGGUCUCUUAUUCAUGCUGACCGCUGCAGCCUUUUCAUGUACAGGCAGAGAAACGGCACACCUGAACUGGCUACAAGGCUUUUCAACAUUCAGGAGGGAAGCACCCUUGAGGAGUGCCUGGUCUCCCCUGACUGCGAGAUUGUCUAUCCGUUGGACAUAGGCAUUGUGGGCUACGUUGCUCAAACCAAAAAAACCAUGAACAUCAAGGAUGUCAGUGAGUGUGCCCAGUUCAGUCCAUUUGUUGAUGAGCUCACUGACUACGCCACGAAAAACAUCCUUGCAACGCCCAUCUUGAAUGGCAAAGAUUUAGUUGCUGUCAUUGUGGCUAUUAAUAAGCUGAACGGCCCAUUCUUCACCAGCUCUGAUGAAACACUUUUCCUGAAGUACCUGAAUUUUGCUUCCUUAAACUUGAAAAUUUACCACUUGAGUUAUCUUCACAACUGUGAGACUCGAAGAGGCCAGGUGCUGUUGUGGUCUGCGAAUAAAGUUUUUGAGGAACUGACAGAUAUAGAGAGGCAGUUCCACAAGGCUUUUUACACAGUGAGAGCAUAUCUGAACUGUGACAGAUACUCAGUAGGUCUUCUGGACAUGACUAAGCAGAAGGAAUUUUUUGAUCUGUGGCCAGUCCUGCUGGGAGAAGUUCCCCCCUACUCAGGGCCUCGCACGCCUGAUGGCAGAGAAAUAGUCUUUUACAAAGUCAUUGACUAUAUAUUGCAUGGAAAAGAAGACAUUAAAGUCAUUCCAAAUCCUACCCCGGAUCACUGGGCCCUUGUUACUGGACUCCCAACAUAUGUGGCUGAAAGUGGAUUUAUCUGCAACAUUAUGAAUGCUGCCGCGGAUGAGAUGUUUAACUUUCAGGAAGGUCCUCUAGAUGAAUCAGGAUGGACUGUCAAAAAUGUUCUUUCCAUGCCCAUAGUCAACAAAAAGGAAGAAAUCGUUGGUGUUGUCACAUUUUAUAACAGAAAAGACGGGAAACCUUUUGAUGAACAAGAUGAGACUCUCAUGGAGUCCUUGACACAGUUUCUGGGCUGGUCCGUACUCAACACAGAUACCUACGAUAAGAUGAACAAGCUGGAGAACCGGAAGGACAUCGCUCAGGAUAUGGUGCUCUACCACGUGAGAUGUGACAAGGAUGAAAUCCAGGAAAUUCUGCCAACAAGAGAAAAGCUGGGGAAGGAGCCAAAUGAAUGUGAGGAAGAGGAGCUUGCGAGCAUACUGCUCGGCGUGGUAAAAAAAUUCCAGAUCCCGCGGGAGGUGCUAGUAAGGUUUGUGUACUCUGUCAGCAAAGGUUACAGGAAGAUAACUUAUCACAACUGGCGCCAUGGCUUCAACGUUGCGCAGACCAUGUUCACACUUCUGAUGACUGGCAAACUGAAGCGUUACUACACCGAUCUCGAAGCCCUUGCUAUGGUAACUGCUGCUCUGUGCCACGACAUUGACCACAGAGGAACCAACAACCUUUACCAGAUGAAAUCUCAAAAUCCUUUAGCAAAACUUCACGGAUCUUCAAUUUUAGAGAGACACCACUUGGAAUUUGGAAAAUUCUUGCUUUCUGAAGAGUCGCUGAAUAUAUGUCAGAACCUCAACCGGAGACAGCAUGAGCACGUGAUUCACCUGAUGGAAAUCGCCAUCAUAGCGACAGACUUGGCGCUGUACUUCAAAAAGAGAACAAUGUUUCAAAAGAUCGUUGAUGAGUCCAAAAAAUACGAUAGCUCAACUGCCUGGACUGAAUACCUGUCUCUGGAGACGACAAAGAAAGAGGUUGUUAUGGCCAUGAUGAUGACAGCCUGUGAUUUGUCAGCAAUCACUAAACCUUGGGAAGUCCAGAGUAAGGUAGCUCUUCUCGUAGCGGCUGAGUUCUGGGAGCAAGGAGACUUAGAAAUAAGCGUACUUCAGCAACAGCCUAUUCCCAUGAUGGACAGAAGAAAAGCUGCUGAGCUUCCAAAGCUUCAAGUGGGUUUCAUUGAUUUUGUGUGCACCUUCGUCUAUAAGGAAUUUUCACGUUUCCAUGAGGAAAUUCAGCCAAUGCUUGAUGGGCUGCUGAACAACAGGAAUGAAUGGAAGACUCGUGCUGAUGAGUAUGAUGCAAAAAUGAAAGCUCUGGAGGAAGAGAAGAAAAAAGAGGAAGAGAAAAUGGCUGCAAUGAAAGAUGGAGUCACCUGUAACGGAGGAACAGCUCCAGCUUCUAAAACCUGUAGUAUACUUUAG